UCCCUUCUUCUGCAUGCUUGACCUCUUUUGCCUUUUUUGCUUCGUUUGCGUUAAAGUAAGGUUAUUAUGUAAUACGGGAGAGAGCGAAACUAAGACACGUGAUUGGUUAGUGUCGGUUUUGGUGACAUAAUGAUGCCAUAAGAAAAGCACAUAGAGCAAAUUAUCAGGGUAAGGGACAGUAUAAAGGGGCUGGGAGACACUGCGAGCAGGUGUGACCAAGUGCAUGGAUCUUUGCAGGCCCCAGCAAUGCAUGGAGGAUGGAGUCCUUGGAAGACAGAUGACAGGGCCCAGUGAGCCGCCACGGCGAAGGCUUGUCUGUAGAUCGCAAGGGCGGCCUUGCCUUGGCGGUUCCACAGGCCUAUUCACGACGGGAUGGAUAUUUAGGUAUCUUCCUAUCUUCCGUCUUUCUUCCGGCGUGCGGAGGAUGCAAGUCAACACGGAGCAGAAGCAGCUAGAGCGACACUAACAGCAGCUCAGGCCUCAUUCCUCGAACUAGAAUCCUUUGGUUUCGUGUUGAUAGUUAACUAGCAGGCGAUAAAUUUAGAUAUCCGUUCUGGAAAGCAUGUGGCAUGCAUGUUCUUCUUGUGCUCUGUGAGAUUGGAGAGCUCGAUCUUUGCACACAGUGGCGUGUAGAUCUGUUCUAUGGAUAUCGUGAAAUGUUACCCUAUGCCUAUGGAACAGAUGGAUGGUUAUGCUAUCAUCUGUCUCCUUAUCUUCGUGAUCCAUCAACUUUCUCAUCUCACACAGCUGAAGAACCAUGACUGUUGCUGCUACUCCUGCUGUGCUUGGCCAUCUACUCCACUACACACCCAGGAAGGCAUUCUGCGACAGCAUAUAGGUACCUUUAGAAAAGAACCCUUGUGACUGUGUCAUAUGAGAAGAUCUAUGCUAGCAUUAUAGAAAAAGAGUCUGUCUUGGAAGUACUGGAUCGGCCGACAGACCAUGGCCUCUUCAUCGCCGAAUGCUUGCAUUUUAAGAAGAGGCAGAAGGAUAAGAAGAGGAAGAACUGCUGUCUUCUUCCCCACAGAAUGUGUCGAUCAGCCACCUUGGGGGUUGGUGUCUUGUUGUCAGUAUCUGAAGCAAUUUUGCUUGGCUGCGUUUGACUUGGUUUUCUCAAUGACGAUCUCUCGUUCUCAAUUAGCCGGGCAUUCGCGCUUCUUGCCAGCAGAGACAACAAGGACCAAUUGAUCACCAGAAUCCCCUUUGAUGUAGCUCAGAAGAACGAGAUCAUGGACAUUGGGGACCUGCUUGACGGAAGUCGGUCGCCAGAGCCAACAUGCUUCCUGAUUUUUGACGCUCUUCGAUUAAUGAAUGCCACGUUGUUGGCGGCGCUACGGAACGCGGCGCGCAGAUUGCAUCCAUGGCACGGAGAAAUGCGGGGGCGGAAUUCUCGUAACAGAGCCUUUCAUUCUCUUCUUCAUCCCCAUUACUUGCUUUGUUGUCAGGAUUAAUAUUUUCAGCUGCUUUAUUUCGGACUUGGCCUCCGAAGCGGUCCUGGUGUGGAGGGAGAGAUUGUGGGGAAGUCAAUGUGAAGAGAAGGAUAUGAAAACUGGGGCCAGGGACCUGCAGACGGCCUUUGGUAAGCACAAUGGAAUUCCGUCAUACCAAUGCCUUCUAGAAGGGCGGAUAAAGUGAAGAAUGACGCCAAAUUUCUUUUGCAUCUAAAAAUACGGGAUGCUAAGAGAUCAUCAGUCCGAGCAGCUUGACCGCAAAGAGCAUACAUACAUACUUAGGGCUUUCCUUCAUCCCGAUGGUCGGUCGACAUGGCAUUCACGGGGAUACGGAAUGUCUCGGCUAAAAUGCUAUCGCUUCGCAGAGGAAUACUCGGAGACAUCUUGGUGGUUUGACAUUGUUGUCAAAAGCACCUUUUGCCUAACUCGACCAGUACGAUGUUUGCAACUAGGAUGUUGUGUCAAUCCCUCUCGUCCGGCUCGUGGGCAGAUGAUCCGGCUUCCACCGAUAACUAGAUAGCCGUCUCUGCUCCAUAGAUCAGCUAGAAUCCUAGAGAACUUCAGUUGUGGGAACUGUUUCUGCUGGUCUAGACAUGAAAUCCAAACAGCCAAGUCCAUUUCUGACUCAGUGAACCGUGGGGAACGGCCAACUGGUGAUUUUCAUGCAGUAUAACCACUCCAUUCCUUAAGAGCCGGUCUGUGAUAGCGAGAGGUGUGAUAUUUGUCUUGGUUACUCCUGAGGACUCCUGAGAUCCAUCCUUAUCACGGUAUCCUCUUCAUGUGCUAGUGUCGCUAUCAAAUCUAAAGCAUACCGUAUCAGCUAUCCACUGCGCGUAUAUCAGUUUGAACACCGGACUCACAAGGUACUCCAAGAAAGCGAAGGGCAUCUCUAAUUCUCCUAGAUAGUAAAGUUAACUGUAGUUAACUGUACUGUGGAGGAGGUUACAGCGACGUUCAUCUGCCAUAAACCUUCACGUAUGGAGUAUCUAAUCUCGUAACCAUAUAUAUCCCUGACACAUAACGGCGACAAGGACGAAUAUGCAUGUAUGACAUGAUAUGAUCAGACUAGUAGAGUAUCUAAUAUAUACGAUUGAAUUAAAAAAUUAAAAUAAAUCAAUAAUCAUUUAAGUAUGCUUCCGAC